AUGGCGAGAGGAGAGUUUGUGUAUAGUGGGAGAGGGAUAUGGUGUUCAUACAAGAGAACAACUUUCGUUGUUUGUUUAAUUAACAUUGCUGUUGUCCUAUAUGCGAUCCAGAAUCUUUACAAUUCUCUUUACAUGUAUCCCUACAUUGAUUCACGAACUACAUUUAGGUACACCCCAGAUCAGAUUAGGAAAAUGGAAGAGUCGAUUCAAAUACGAAAAGCAUCGGAACCUAAAGAGCUCAUUAAAUUGGUGAAACAAUUAAAGAAGGAUUUUUUAAGGGAAGACAAGGUAGUGGAGUUGCCACAGCACUCGAAACAAAAGUUGAUAGAUGAGAUUCUUGCUCAGUUAAGAGGCUUGGAUGCCGGUGCCAAUGCAACUCAGAAACGAGAGGCAGUUGAAAGGUGGCGCAAGGAAAAACUAAAAGAGGCAAAAGGACUUGUCCGUGGGAAAACCUUGAAUACGACAAUUUUGUCCAAGGAAGCUGGUGUUAUUGCAAGAGCUUUGAGUUCUGAUUGGGCCAACUUGUCAGAAGAAAUGGGGCUCUGGAUACCGCUUGAAAUCAUUAAUAAGGAACAUGAUGACAAACCCGAGGGUGAAGAGGAGUUUGACAGCCGAAUCUUACCUGGCAGACAGCUCCCUCCCGAAUGCCAUGCUGAACUUCAUACGGACUACGGUGGUGCUGCCGUAAGAUGGGGCCUUACCCACCCUAAAGAAUCUGCAUAUGAAUGUUGUAUGGCAUGUUUGAAUCAAGCUAAAGGUGCCAAACCCGGUGAAAUGAAAUGUAAUAUUUGGGUUUACUGCCCAUCCGAGACUGGGUGUUACUCUCCAGAUAUUUAUGAACACAAAAAUCAAGAGUGCUGGCUAAAAUAUGAUGAGAAACCGAAAUUGAGUUUUAAGGACAGGUAUUCGGAAUCAUAUAGACAUGCACACCCGAAUGCACCAUUGAUCGUUCCAUGGGUGUCUGGCGUGAAAGCAAAAAAUACGGUCCCGUCGGCUGGCUCUCGCAAAACGCAGAAGUGUCCAAUCAUGAUCCAGAGUGGAAAUUUAACCCACAAAACUCAUUAUGAGAUCCUCGAUGUGAAGGAAGAUGCUAGCUUUGAAGAAAUUCGCACAUGCUACCGAACUGCCAUUCUGAGUUUCCAUCCAGAUAAAAUGCAAAUGACACGUGAAACAUCAAUUGCAAACGAGUCGGGCAGUAGGUUUAUAGAGGUACAGAGGGCUUGGGAAAUCCUUGGAGAUUCAAAAUCUCGUGCACUCUAUGAUAACGAUCUGCGAUCUUUGAGGCAGGAUUCUGCAACUGCUGAAGAUAUCAGAUUAGAGGAUCUGUCAAUCGAAGAUACUGGCGAUUUUUUCGAGCUUUCGUACUACUGCAGGUGUGGUGAUUACUUCGUAAUCGAUCCUUCCGAGUUGGCAGAUAUGGGAUAUCCAUUGAUGAAAAACGGGAAUGAAUUUUUUUUGCAAACGACAAAAUCUCUACCAGCAUCCGUUGUUCUUCCUUGUGGUUCAUGCUCGCUUAAAGUCCGGUUAUUGAUUAAUGCUGAUAGUAAGCUGCAAACUGAGUUGAGUAAUUUAUAA